AUGGCGAUGGCGGCGCAGGGCCAGGUGUGGGUGGGCUCCGAGGACUCGGUCAUCUACAUCAUCAGCGUGCACAGCAUGUCCUGCAACCGGCAGCUCACCGAGCACCGCGCCGGCGUCACCGGCUUCGUGGUGCAGGACGGCCCCGACGCGCCCAGCCAGGUGUACUCGUGCAGCGCGGAUGGGGCGGUCCUGGUGUGGGACGUGAGUUCGCUGCAGGUGACCCGCCGGCUCCAGCUGCCGGGCAGCGGCCUCUCGUCCAUCCAGCUGCACGCCGGCUGCCUGUGGUGCUGCACCUGCCGCAGCAUUGUGGCCAUGAACAGCAGUGUCCGGCAGGAGCUGAAGAUCGACGAUACCGUCCAGGAGCGCAGCACCACCUUCGUGGCCUUCCAGCUGCUCCCCGAGCAGGAGCAGCUGUGGGCGGCGUGCGCGGGGUGCGAUGACCUGUACGUGUGGGGCCUGAGGGACCUGGCCCGGCCGCCUGAGAGGGUGCACCUGCCCGACUGCGCCCAGGUCACCUGCAUGAUCCGGGUGAAGAGGCAGGUGUGGGUGGGCGGCACCGGGCUGUCGCAGGGCAGGUCCCGGGGGAAGAUCUACGUGGUGGACGCCCGGAGCAGGGCCGUGGAGAAGGAGCUGGUGGCGCACGCGGACGCCGUGAGGACGCUGUGCUCGGCCGAGGACAGAUACGUGCUGAGCGGGUCCGGCCCGGAGGAGGGCAAGGUCGCCAUCUGGACGGUGGAGUGA